AUGGAGAGUCCCCGGGAACGGGGCGACCUCGCCCAUGGUCCACCACCGGAUGCGUCGCCAUCGGACUCGCUGUCCGCGCCCAUACAACAAACAACCACCUCACUGGCCCAGAAACGCUCCUCCCUACCCCCUGCAGCUCGAGGGAACUCUGCUGCCCGCCACGCCAAACGCUUGACCCUCAAUUUCCCCGUCAACCUGACCCUGAACACGCUCGCUGAUCCCUCUACCUCCGAGCCCGUGUCUGCGUCUCCCGGCGCCAUGACCCCCAUCACCCAACCCUCCAAUCGCCCGUCUCCUGCUCUUCUCCCGGGCACUCCGCUCCCCUUUGAUGCUCAGGCUGAUGGCUACGAUUUUCUUCGGGCCAUCGCCUCGCAGGAACGCAGGGUGCUGGAGCUCCGGGAAGAGCUGCAGCGUGCCGAGGCCGAGCUCGUCACGUUAAAAAAGCAAUGGGCAUUGUCGGAGAAAUCACGGAAACAGACAGAAAUCAGCUACCAUGCAGAGCAGAUGAAGCCGCUCAAGUCCCCAGACUCGACGGGGCCUGAUAGCACCGCUGUUGAGCAACAGAAAGACCAUCACCGCCGCGACCAGAGCCUCAGCUCGGUCGGCAGCUCGUCGGUGUCACAGGAACGCCUCAGUCGGGACUUCAGUCGCCGUAAUAGCAUCCGUACUGCCGCUGCUUCCAACGCUGCCGGCACGAACGGUACGAAGAUCUCGGCCAACGGUCGUCGUGUCUUCCAGGGCUCUCAUACACGCACUCUAUCCCUCUUGUCACCUGUCACGGCACCAAGCACCUCUCCACGUACCGAUUCGAGCCCGUCCGAGUCUGAACGCGUUGGCCGCACCCCUCGAUCUGCUACAUUGCCCUCAGUGGAACGGAGCAAUACCUCUGCCGGGGCCCACCCAGGCGAGGAGAGUCAAAUACCAGAGCAUUUACUUGCACAAUGGCGAAAGCAGAUGCCGCCCGCUUCAAGGGAGGCUUUCCUGCGAACCGGCAAGCAGAUGGCCACGGAUCUACGAGAGGGGCUCUGGACUUUCCUGGAAGACAUCCGCCAGGCGACUGUCGGCGAAGAGGGGAUCAACGCAACACAAUCACAGAGGCUAUCUCCAGCCAACGCUCGGAAGCGCGACUCGACCGCCAAGUCGAAGUCCCGGAGCCGGGACCGGCUAUCUGAGGCGGCACGAUCGUCGUCAUCGUCCAGGGGGAGGGGACCAGAGACCGAGGCAACGAUAUCUGGUAAAGACACCAAGCCAGCCGACAUAUCCAAGUCGUUUUGGAAUGAAUUCGGCGUUGAUACCCCUCAGAAAUCCCCGAACAGCGCCCGCCGCGCCCCCUCCGACACCAACCACGCCAACACAAGCGAGGCGACAGCGAACGAACAACCGCCACCACCCGAACGACUCGACAGCAACCCCGCCGAAAAAAUGGAGGGCCAGAGUGAAGAUACGGCCGACAACUGGGAUGUCUGGGACACGCCCCAAAAGAUGACGCACACGCCCUCAUGGAGCCAGUCCACAGUGGAAUCAUCCAAGCACGAGCAAUCGCCCAUGACGCAGGGCAGUAGCCCCCGAACGAGCGCUAGCUUCGGCGACUGGAAUCCUUCCUCUGUUGCCGCCACCGCUCCCACAGCGCCAGAUCCUCACAGCGUCACAGAAGGCAUACCCUGGCCGGCCCUCACCAAGCUGACUCCCUCGAAACUCCAACGCACCGCUUCUACGCUCAUGGCGGAAUGGGAGCGCAGUCUCUCGCCUUCUCCGGAGCGGAAGAGCUCGAGUGCUUCGUCGAACAAGAAUAACAAGAAGGACUGA